AUGGCUUCCAGCAGUAUCACCCAAACCAGCGAGUCUUCACCUCCCAAGAAAUAUGACGUCUUCGUUAGCUUCAAUGGUGAUGACACACGCGAUGGUUUCACAGAUCAUCUUUUCGGUGCCCUCAGAAGAAAAAGCAUUAUUGCAUUCAGGGAUAAUAUAGACCUCAAAAGAUGUGAAUCCAUAGAACCCGAGCUCUUCCGCGCAAUCGAAGCCUCUCAGAUUUUCAUUGUGGUAUUCUCCGAGAACUACGCUUCCUCAACUUGGUGCUUGCGAGAAUUGGAACACAUUCUUCUUCACUGCGGUCAACUAUCUGAAAAGCGUGUUUUUCCUGUUUUCUGCGAUGUUGAUCCUUCUCAUGUGCGAUAUCAAACGGGGAGUUAUAAAAAAGCCUUUGAUGAACAUGAACAAACACUCUCUCAUGAGUCCGACAAAGAGAAACUGCGAGGAUGGAGGAAAUCUCUCACAGAAGCAGCCAAUAUCUCUGGACGGGAUCUACGUAAAAAGCCACAAUAUGCGGGGAUUGAAAUGGUUGCUCAGGAUAUAAUCGAUACUUUUGGUUACAAAUUUUCAUAUCUUCCAAAUGAUUUAGUUGGAAUGCUUUCUCCUAUAGAGGAAUUGAAAAAGUAUUUACUUUUGGACUCUCUUGAUGAUGUUCGGGCUGUUGGAAUUUGUGGGAUGGGUGGAAUAGGGAAGACAACUCUCACUUCUGUUUUAUACGGCAAAAUCAAAGUCUCUCAUCCAUUUGAUGUGUGCUGUUUUGUUGAUGAUGUAAGUAACAUUUUUAGAAAGUACGGUCCAAUUGGGGUACACAAGCAAAUUCUACAUCAAAUUCCAGGCGAAGAACACCGUCGAAUAUACAAUCCUUAUGAUGCAACUAAUUUGAUACAGGGUAGACUAUGUCGUCUUAAGGCUCUAUUAGUUUUUGAUAAUGUUGAUCAUAGGGAACAAUUGGAGAAUCUUGCUGUCAAUCGUAAAUUGUUAGGUGCAGGGAGUAGAAUCAUUAUAGUUUGUAGAGAUGCUCAUAUCUUGGAAGAGUAUGGAGUGGAUGAACUUUACAAAGUUCCACUCUUGAAUCGGGCUAACUCUCUUCAAUUGUUUUGUCGAAAAGCUUUCAAAUGUGAUACUUUGAGUGAUGCCUACGAGGAGUUGGCAGGUGACAUAUUAGAUUAUGCUGAUGGCCUUCCACUGGUGAUUAAAGUAUUAGGUUCAUUUUUGCAUGGCCGAAGUUUCUCUGAAUGGAAAAGUGCAUUGGCUAGAUUGCGAGAAAGUCCAAACGAAGUUAUUAUGGAUGCGCUGCAGUUUAGUUUUUAUGGGCUAGAGAAAAUGGAAUUACAAAUAUUUCUUGACAUUGCUUGUUUUUUCAACGGGCGUGAGGAAAAAUUUGUUAAACAUGUUUUAAAUUGUUGUGGGUUUCAUCCUGACAUUGGAUUAAGAGUUCUUGUUGAUAAAUCACUUAUAAGCAUUUCAGAUGAAAGUAAGAUUGAAAUGCAUGCUAUGUUGGGAGAGCUAGGUAGAAAAAUAACUGAAGAGGCAAGAAAGUGGAGUAGGUUGUGGGUCCAUAAAGAUUGCUACGAUGUUAUGUUAGAGAAUAUGGAAAAGAAUGUUGAUGCCAUAGUUUUGAAUGGAAAUGAAAGCGAUACAAAAGAAUUGAUGGCUAAGUCAUUGUCAAACAUGAGUCGUCUUAGACUGCUCAUACUUAAGGAUGUUAAACUUUUAGGAAGCCUCAACAAUCUUUCUAAUCAAUUAAGAUAUGUUGCAUGGAAUGACUAUCCUUUCAUGUGUUUGCCGUCGAGUUUUCAACCCAAUCAACUUGUUGAAUUGAUUUUGGUGAAUAGCAGCGUCGAACAACUAUGGAAAGACAAAAAGGAUCUGCCCAAUUUGAGGACUUUGGAUCUAAGCUACUCCAAAAAUUUAAUCCGGAUGCUAGAUUUUGGACAUGUCACGAAUCUUGAACGGCUAAACCUUGAAAGAUGUGUAAAUCUUGUGGAGUUAGAUCCAUCAAUUGGUCUUGCAAAGAAGCUCGUUUUCUUGAAUUUGAAAAAUUGCAAAACUCUUAAACGCAUACCUAGCUGCAUAUACGAUCUCAACUCUCUUGAAUAUUUAAAUCUUUGCAGUUGUUCCGAAGCGUUUAACAAUCCAAUCCAUUUAGAGUUGCCUUCCUUGGCUAGCUUACAUGCUUUAUGUGAACUUGAUAUUAGUUUUUGCGGUCUAAGCCAACUCCCAGCAGAUACGAUUGGAGGUUUGCACUGUUUACAAAGAUUAAAUUUAGGGGGAAACAAUUUUGAGACCCUACCUAGUCUCACACAUCUUUCCAAACUUGUGUAUUUAAAUUUGGAGCAUUGCAAGCUGUUGAAAUUUUUUCCCAAGCUUCCUUCACCUGCUGCUAUCAAGCACGGCGAAUAUUUGAGAGCAGGGAUGUAUAUUUUCAACUGUCCUGAAUUGGUUGAGAGGCAAAGCUGCAGUAGCAUGACUUUUUCGUGGAUGAUGCAAUUCGUUCUAGCAAACCAAGAAUCCUCUGCCUCCUUUCAAUGGAUUGAUAUUGUUAUUCCCGGCAGUGAUGUUCCAAGCUUGUUUAACUAUCAGAAGGUGGGUAAAUCAGUGAAAAUAAAUCCAUCCCAUAUUAUGGAAGACAAUAAUGUCAUUGGAAUUGUUUGUUGUGUAGUAUUUUCUGUGGUGCGUCAUGAACCAACUACAACAGCAAAUGGACAGAAAACUGUCUUAAAUCUAAGCUUUUGUAGAGAUGACAAAAAGGUCCAUUUUAGCAUUCUACUUGAUACAACUCUUGUUAUGGACCAAUCGAGUCACAUGUGGCUAACCCGUUUCACUAAGGAAUCAUUCUUUACUAUUCUGAAAGAUAUAGACAAUAAAGAUGGCAAUUCUAUGAGAAUAAAAGCUGACAUUGAUGACAAAGGUUUGGGUGUGGAGGUGGAGAGUUGCAGGUAUUUUUGGUAUAACAAGACCCACUGCGGUUAA